AUGGAUGGAUGGAACAAAUUUCAAUCCAGCCUUGCUGGACUCAAUCUUGGCCAGUCGGCGAACAAGCUGGCCAAAGGGUUCAAUACCAGUGUCCAAGCGACAAAGGAACGUCUUGGUCAAGUCGCUGUGGACGAGAUAACUGAGCUUCCUCAAGAAUAUAAGGACUUGGAGGCUCGGGUUGACAACUUGCGGCAGGUUCACCUUACAUUGCUUAGAAUUACCAAGGUCUACGAGACGGAGACAUACGAUUAUCCUACUCAAAUCCAGGAGUCUAUUUCGGAGCUCGGUACCACAAUUGGUCAGGGCAUCUCCAACUUUGCUGCGACUAAUCUGAGGGGCACCAACCUUCCCGUCCCUCCACCCGCCACACCCCCUAUUGCACAACACAAAACCCUUCCCCACGCGCUUGGCCGAGCAUCUACCACCGCUGCUGCGACCCUUCAGGCCGCGACAGGUGGCGGCGAUGAGAAAUUAGGCAAGGCGCUCGACACGUACUCUAGUGCUUGGGAGAAGAUUGCGGAUGCUCGCAUCGAGCAGGACGCUGCGAUCAAGACCCAAUUCUUGCAACCUUGGCAGACAACUUUGUCUACAUCGAUAGCUGUCGCGAUGAAGGCUCGCCAAGCCGUGCGGGUGAGCCGCCUUGAGCUGGACUCGGCAAAGCAAGUUCUCAAGACCACGGGUCCUUCGAAGCAGGAGACUGCAAGGCUCGAAGUAGAGAACGCGGAGGACGACCUUGUACAGAAGACAGAGGUUGCGAUCACACUUAUGAAAGCAGUUUUAGACAACCCUGAGCCUCUUAAAAACUUAAACGAACUUGCCAAGGCACAGUUAAUUUAUUAUGCUACUGCAGCAGAGGCAUUGUCGACCGUUCAAGGAGAAAUUGAGGAGCUAAGUGUCGCCGCGGAAGGCGAGUACAGGUAA